CGGCUUUUGACAUUUGCCAGAGCAUCCCCAUCACAGGACAGGACAACGAAGAGCAAAGCCUUUAUAGGCCAACAUCGAUCAGUAACAAUGGCACGGCAACUUCACCGAGUCCUCAUCCUCGGCGCAGUCUUCCUCACCCUCCUCGUCUUCUACAACUUCGGCCCCUCCUCCUCCUCCUCCUCGGACUCCUCCGACACCGCCACCUCCAAAGCCUCCAAACUCCGCGACUCCAUAGUCCACAAAGCCAAACAAGACCUGCCCGGCUACUCCCCCCAGAAACGCUCCGACUCCACCCCCGACCAACCCGUCGACAUCCACGCCUUCACCCAUCGCGUCUGGUUCGAGGUCACCCAAGGCGGCCAAUCCCUCGGGCGGAUCACCAUCGGCCUGUACGGCAACGCGGUCCCGAUCACCGUCGAGAACUUCCGCGCGCUCUCGACGGGCGAAAGAGGGUUCGGGUACAAAGCGUCCAAAUUCCACCGGGUCAUCAAGGACUUUAUGAUCCAGGGCGGCGAUUUCACCCGCGGCGACGGGAGGGGCGGACGCAGCAUCUACGGCCCGAAAUUCGAUGACGAGAAUUUCUUGUUGAAGCAUGAGGGCCCGGGGUAUCUGAGUAUGGCGAAUUCGGGGCGGAAUACGAAUGGGAGCCAGUUUUUUAUUACGACGGCUAGGACGGAGUGGUUGGAUGGCCGCCAUGUGGUGUUCGGCAAGGUGGUGGAUGGGAUGGAUGUCGUGAAGAGAAUCGAGGCCGUGGAGACGGGGAGGAUGGAUAAGCCGCAUUUGGAUAUUAUUAUUUCCGAUUGUGGGGAGUUGAAGCUUUGAAGGGGGAUACAUCAAUCUGAGUCUACCCAAUGCCUAAUGUGGACGGGCUCCCUGAUUGCAAUGAGCGACACGGCGUCGCAGGGAGUGCGGUCGGGCCAUAGUUCGCUAAGUUGGUAGGUCGAUAGAGGGCUCCCACGGUCAGAUAGGAGUACGGCAGGGAUUGGGGGCGUUGCAUCAUUCGCAGCUUGGCUGCGUCCUAGGGGUACCAGCGGCGUAGUUAUCGUAUUUUAUUGUCCAGCCUGGUUUCCUGAGCAAAAUAUACUGGGUACAUCAGGGAAUGCGGUGUACCCUUCUGUCAACUUCACGCGCUUUAAGUAUGUAAGCAGUGGCCAUAACGAUCGACCUGCGUUCCUCCCCACAUGAACAUGCGCUUCAGGAGGCCGAAUUCAGAAUUCAGAAAUCUAAAAUACAUGCUCUCUCCGCCCAAGACAUGCCUCCAUCUCCCCCCAUU